AAUAUAGCCCAGCCAUCCUUGCAGCUGCCAGCGCCACAGAAGAUGCACGGCCCCUUCUCCGCAUCCACCGUUUCCAGUCACCGGUCCAUUGGAGUGCAAUCGUUCCCCUCGGCUCCCUGUGGUACGCCUAAAGUCCUGGUCCAAGUCCAAACACGUUUCCAUCUAUCUGCAUCGAUAAACCACGCAAACGAACAUGGCAGGGAUUGCGGCGCGCACAAAAGGCCUCAAAGUGACCAGCAGUCUUGAAAUCUCGACAUCUCGCGUCAUCUUACAAGCUACGGGGAGUACAGCGAGCGGUGGUUUCUGCUCUUUGUUCCAUCGUUUCAAUGCUAGCUGCAAGUCACCAGCAAAUACGCCAUACGGAUUCUCUCCUUCAAUAGAAACAGAGUCCACGUGCUGGCAUCCAACUUGACAACUUUUCGUCACUGUGAGAGAAUCAAGCAGGAAUGGGUACAAAAGAGUACCAUGGCCACCGUCCUGCUCAUUGAAUACAAAGGCUAUCGCCCAGAUAGCGAAGAGUAGCCAAUACCUGAGAACAGGCCUGCGUUACAACGACAUCAUCUGACUCGGAAUAUGUCUAGAUGCCACCGCUUCAAUCAAUACCCUAAGCGUAGAUGAAACACCAUUUCGAUAUUGCACUUUUCCGUUCCAGCCCUACGCAAACAUUAAGAACAAAUGCCGCAACUACACGCUAAA